AUGAGUGCAUCUAUAUCAUCAAUAGAUCUUAAUAAUUUAUCACCAAUUCAAGUUUUCAUUAGAAUUAAACCAAAUAAUCCAAACGAUGAAAAUGAAACAAUUCCAUUUAAAUAUUCAAAGAAUAAUACAACUCUAACUCUACCUAAUUCACCUUCAAUGUCAUUUGAUAAUAUAUUUCCACCUGAAUCAACUCAAAAUGAUCUAUUCGAUUCAAUAAGUUCGCUUCUUCAUUUUCCAUUAUAUGGUUAUAAUUCAACAAUAUUUGCAUAUGGUCAAACAAAUAGUGGCAAAACAUAUACUAUGUUAGGUCCUAAUGGGAAAUUAUCUCUUAAUAUUGAUUUAAUGGGAAUUAUACCAAGAACAAGUCGAUAUCUAUUUGCUGCUAUACAUAAACUUACAUCAUCAUCAUCAUCUUCAUCCAUACAAUAUCAAGUUCGUGUAAGUUAUUUCGAAGUAUAUAAUGCUCGUGUUUAUGAUUUACUAAACAAAAAAUCACAUUCUUUGAACAUUCGUGAAGACAAUCAGGGUAAUAUAAAUGUUGCAAAUGCAGUUGAAAUACCUGUAGAUAAUAGUCUAGAAUUAGAGAAUGUAUUAAUGCAAGGUAAUGAAAAACGUAGAACUGCAUUUACAUCUAUGAAUUCAUCAUCAUCAAGAAGUCAUGCGCUAUUAAUUUUAUGGAUUGAGAGAAGAGAACGAUCAACAUCAACAUCCAGAGAAUAUAAAUCUUAUUUAGGUCGUUUAAAUUUAAUUGAUUUAGCUGGUAGUGAAGAUAUUUCACGUUCAAAAGUUGAGGGUGAUAGAUUUCGUGAGGCAGUUAAUAUUAAUACUGAAUUAUUACAAUUAAGAAGAGUAUUAGAUGCAUUAUCAUCAUCACCAUCUUAUAUUCCAUACAGAGAUUCAACAUUAACUCGUUUACUUCAAUCAUCAUUAUCAACAAGACAAUCUAUUACAAUAUUAAUUUCUCAUAUUAGUUCAUUAAAUAUUGAUCUCUAUGAAAGUGUUAAUACUUUAAAAUAUUCAGAAAUAGCUAAAUGUGUCCAACGUACAUCAAUUCCAACACAAAACCUUAGUAAAUAUAUCGAUACGAGUGACGUUAUGUUCGGUGAUUAUAAUGAUCCAAUAGAAUAUUUUUAUCGUCGUACAGUUUAUAUUCAUACACGUUCUUAUGGAAAAAUCUUUGCUCGAUUAGCAGGACAUCGAUAUGAUGAACAACAGAAAUGUAUCUUACUUAUACAUGGGUCUGGACCUACAAAUUCUUCAAUGUUUUGGAAUGAUCUUGUGAGAAAAUUAUUAUUAGCAACAUCAUCAUCAUCGUCUUCGCUAUCUCCUUAUUAUUUUGUAGCCAUCGAUUGUCCUGGUUAUGGUCGUUCAGAUGGUGAUAAACAAAUAAUUCGUUCUUAUCCUGAUGUUUUUAUUGAAGAAAUAAUUGAUUGUAUUUCACCAAUAACACAUCAAGUAUAUUGUCUCAUUGGUUCUUCUCAAGGAGCAGCUGCUGUAUUCAAUGCAUUGGUCGAAAAACCUGCCAUGUCAUCAUUUUUAGCUGUACAAAAUCCUGUUUCACACGAUCCUCAACGUUUUGUUUGUAUAAAACAACCUGCCUUAUUAAUGUAUGAUAUAGAUGAUGAUGGUCAUCCUGUUAGUGUUGGCAGAUUAGUACGAAAAUAUAUUCCAAAUAAUCAUUAUUAUGAAUAUUCAAGUUCACAACAAUCGGACUGGUUGGAACAUAAUGCACAUUUAAAAUUGUUACAAUUAUUCAAUGAAUAUGACGUAAACAAUCAAUUAACAACAUCUUCGGAGAUUUCUCUUCCUUCUCUUCCUGCUUGUUUAUCUGUAGCAGGCGGGAUAAUUUCAUAUUUAUCAUCAUAUAAUCGUGAGCCACUUUAUAAAAAUUCAAAAGAAGAAUUAGAAUCAAUUUUAUUAACAUAUGAAAAGCAAAGUGUUGAAAAUAACGAUUUGUUCAUUGAAAGAAUUGAACCUGAAUCGAGCGAAGAUGAUGAAAGUAAAGCACAAAGAUUAGCUAUAGAAUUAACUCAAACACAAUGUGAUUUAUGUAAUCAACAUAUUAGUAGCAAUGAUAUAUCUAAAUCACUUCGAUUAUCCGAUUGUCGUCAUUUAUUAUGUUAUUUAUGUUGUUGUGAGACAAUAAAAAUAAAUUCAUACGAAUGUCCUGUUGUUGAUUGUGCUACGAAACUUAAUAUUUCUUCAUCACAACUAUCAUUAUAUUCUUUCCCUUUCUCAUCGGAUACUGAAAAGCAUAUAAUAAUACAAUUUGGAAAUUCUUCUAAAUCAAUAUCAUCGUCAUCUAGUCAACGUUAUGAAUACAUUGCAUAUAUUAAAUGUAAAACGAAAAAUCUGAUUGAUAAUGUUUCAUUUGAUAUUAAUCCUGAGUAUCCAAAAAGUGCUAUACGUGUUUGUCAACCUCCAUAUGAAUUAGUUCGAAUCAUGAAUUUAGAAUUCACUUGUCAUUUUAUUAUUCAAUGGAAUAAAAUAUUAAACUGGCCUAAAUUACGUAUAACAUAUCAUGUUCAAAACAAGCAAGCCAAUUUUAUAAGAAAUCUAUUAGUAAGAAUACCAAAUCAAGGCAAUACAAUGGCUAAAUCACAUAAAACACAUGAACUUGUGUAUAAUUGGACUGAUAGAGACAGAACAAAACCAAAUCUAAAUUAUAUAUUAUUGUCGUACGAUUAA